AUGGAGCGCAAACUUUCUGAAAAAGCUACCAAGAUGCGCCAGCGCUUCACCUUCACUCGCGGUAGCCAGCGACGACACCGCGCUUCAACCAUGAAUUCGUCCGGAGCUACAAGCACGCCCAACAGCCGCCCUCGCUCCUCCACGACCCCCGUCUCGUCCAACUCUACCGAGAUUGCGUGGCACAACACAGACCCCAGUCGACACUACGAUUUCACCGACGAGCCGGGAUAUUUCCGUCCUGUUUCACCAUUCAUCAGCCGACAGGAGAUCGAAGAAGAUCUAGAAGACGAGAUUACCCACGCCUGCACAAUGCUUGCCCACGACGUCGAGCAAGAAUUAUCGAUAUUGCAGGCCUUCGACACGGAGCUACGUCCUAACACUGGCAGUGGAAGCAUGGUCCAAGCUUUAUCUGAAACGCACCUUAACUCCCUAGACCAAAUGAGCCUAGUUUUGCCUCACGGGGCAACGGAAAAUGAGUUCACCGCAUGCAAGCCGAUGCAUGACUCGGGCGUUGCGUUCAGCGGCCAGUCUUCAGGACGCUGUGGCCAACCCGGCCGAAACAGCCUAUCGGGGACCGGUGCUUCAGCUGGAGCUGGGAGAUUCUACGGACGAAGGACUCCACCUGAAGAGCACUGUAAAAGAGGUCGCCAGCGUGGACGGAGUGUUGCUACCGAUGUCACUUCGCUGCGCUCCCGGUCUCGCUCCCGUGCUUCCAGCAUCGACAUGUUCCCCUACAGUCCCCCGCAACCAAAUGCAUUGUGGUCGCACGAAAUCGCCAAGGAUAUCCCGCUUUCCGACGAGCUUUUUUCAGAACCGGAAUCCUCCCUCGGCGUAGAGGGAAUGACAUGGCUCCGGGCUAGUGAUGACAUAAAACGUCUUUACGACGCUUCUAGCCCGUCUCAAAGCGCCGAACACGUUGGCUUCACACCAGCCCCUCUCUCCGGUCCAGGCCCGCGCCGGUUCUACAGUACGCGCCAGUUACCAUCAAAAAAGAGAUUCGGCCCGCGUGAGUUAUCAUAUAAGGUGCGCGGGAGCCGUGGCUCGAGUCUUCACGGCGGUCUUUCCGUGCGCAGUCUCUCGUUUGACGAAGAGCGAGACUUCUCUUUCGACAACGAUUCGCGGGACGUCCAUUCAGCGCAAGCAUACAACGCCCAAAACUUUUAUUCGCUAGUCGUCACCCCAGAUGCAAAUGCUCAACCUCGCCAUAAACGCAAGCGGGCAUCGCAGCUAUUCAAGAGGCUAGCUGGGCUAGGCAAACGACGGAAGGACCAGGAGUCCUUCCGAAACAGGAGGAUGGAUAGGCCUAUGGUGGCUGCUGCGUGA